GGCCUCCCCCACAGAAUGGCUCAGCAGCAAGCACUGAGGUUCCGUGGCCCGGCUCCCCCGCCGAAUGCGGUCAUGAGAGGCCCGCCACCCCUCAUGAGACCUCCUCCACCCUUCGGGAUGAUGCGAGGUCCUCCGCCGCCACCUCGGCCCCCAUUUGGACGCCCUCCAUUCGACCCAAACAUGCCUCCGAUGCCGCCUCCAGGGGGGAUUCCUCCACCGAUGGGACCUCCACACCUACAGAGACCACCGUUCAUGCCUCCUCCCAUGGGCAGCAUGCCACCACCUCCUGGUAUGAUGUUCCCUCCGGGAAUGCCGCCUGUCACUGCCCCUGGAACACCAGCAAUGCCCCCGGCGGAAGAGAUCUGGGUAGAAAACAAAACUCCAGAUGGCAAGGUCUAUUUCUAUAAUGCACGCACACGUGAGUCUGCAUGGACUAAGCCAGAUGGGGUCAAAGUUAUUCAGCAGUCGGAGCUGACACCGAUGCUGGCUGCGCAGGCUCAGGCCCAGGCCCAGGCCCAAGCAGUAGGUGCCUCCACGCCAACCACCAGCAGUCCCGCGUCUGCAGCGUCUCCGUCAACAUCCUCGAGUACUCAGUCCUCCACAACCUCCACCACAACCACAGCCACGUCAGUUUCACAGACGAUUUCCACACCUACCACACAAGACCAGACCCCGAGUUCGGGUGUUUCAGUUGCCACACCAUCAGUCAGUGUUUCAACCUCUGCUCCUUCUGCUACACCUGUGCAGACUGUACCCCAGCCAGUCCCACAGACAUUGCCUCCUGCAGUUCCUCAUGCAGUACCUCAACCAACUGCAGCAAUUCCUGCUUUUCCACCAGUAAUGGUACCUCCAUUUCGUGUCCCCCUUCCUGGCAUGCCUAUUCCACUUCCAGGUGUAGCAAUGAUGCAAAUAGUCAGCUGCCCGUAUGUAAAGACAGUCGCUACCACCAAGACCGGUGUCUUGCCAGGAAUGGCGCCUCCCAUUGUACCUAUGAUCCAUCCUCAGGUUGCUAUUGCCGCUUCACCUGCUACGUUGGCUGGAGCAACAGCAGUCUCUGAGUGGACGGAGUAUAAAACUGCAGAUGGAAAGACUUACUAUUACAACAAUAGGACUUUGGAGUCAACGUGGGAAAAACCCCAAGAACUGAAAGAAAAAGAAAAAAUGGAAGAGAAGAUUAAAGAGCCGAUUAAAGAACCCAUGGAGGAGCCUUUACCAAUGGAGACAGAGGAAGAAGAGCCAAAAGAAGAACCUAUAAAAGAACUUAUAAAGGAGGAGCCAAAAGAGGAAGAAAUGACUGAAGAAGAAAAAGCAGCUCAGAAAGCCAAGCCGGUUGCAACCACUCCUAUUCCAGGAACCCCUUGGUGUGUGGUGUGGACUGGUGAUGAGCGUGUUUUCUUCUAUAACCCUACCACCCGGCUUUCGAUGUGGGACAGACCGGAUGACCUCAUUGGAAGAGCUGAUGUGGACAAAAUUAUUCAAGAACCUCCUCACAAAAAAGGAAUGGAAGAAGGAAAAAAACUCAUUAGAGAAGAGCAUGAAUCUACAGAAGAUGCAAAUGAAGAUGAGCCUAUUAAAAUUAAAAAGCGCAAGAAAGAUGAUAACAAAGAUAUUGAUUCAGAGAAGGAGGCUGCUAUGGAAGCUGAAAUUAAAGCCGCUCGAGAGAGAGCCAUUGUCCCUCUGGAGGCUCGGAUGAAACAAUUCAAGGACAUGCUUCUAGAAAGAGGGGUCUCUGCUUUUUCAACAUGGGAGAAAGAACUACACAAGAUAGUUUUUGAUCCUCGUUACUUACUUCUCAACCCUAAAGAAAGAAAACAGGUAUUUGAUCAAUAUGUGAAAACGCGAGCUGAAGAAGAGCGCAAGGAGAAGAAAAACAAAAUAAUGCAGGCCAAGGAGGAUUUCAAGAAAAUGAUGGAAGAAGCAAAGAUUAAUCCACGAACUACUUUUAGUGAAUUUGCAGCCAAGCAUGCUAAAGACUCGAGAUUCAAGGCAAUUGAAAAGAUGAAAGAUCGAGAAGCCUUGUUUAAUGAGUUUAUCACAGCGGCAAGAAAGAAGGAAAAAGAAGAUUCGAAGACCAGAGGUGAGAAGAUCAAGAUGGACUUCUUUGAAUUACUGGCUAAUCACCACCUGGACAGUCAGUCUCGCUGGAGCAAAGUGAAGGACAAAGUAGAGACUGACCCUCGUUACAAAGCAGUGGAUAGCUCUUCACAGAGGGAGGACCUUUUCAAACAGUACAUAGAAAAAAUAGCAAAGAAUUUAGAUUCUGAAAAAGAAAAGGAGCUGGAAAGACAAGCUCGCAUUGAAGCAAGUUUGCGUGAACGAGAGAGGGAAGUCCAGAAAGCUCGCUCAGAGCAAACCAAGGAAAUUGACAGAGAACGUGAGCAGCACAAACGUGAAGAAGCAAUACAGAACUUCAAAGCUCUUCUGUCUGACAUGGUGCGUUCUUCAGAUGUGUCUUGGUCUGAUACCAGACGGACUCUACGCAAAGAUCAUCGAUGGGAAUCUGGCUCCUUGCUAGAAAGAGAAGAGAAAGAGAAACUCUUUAAUGAACACAUUGAAGCACUUACCAAAAAGAAGAGGGAACACUUUAGGCAACUUCUGGAUGAAACUUCAGCGAUAACUUUAACAUCAACAUGGAAAGAAGUGAAAAAAAUAAUUAAGGAAGAUCCAAGGUGCAUUAAAUUUUCUUCAAGUGACCGGAAAAAACAAAGGGAGUUUGAGGAGUACAUUAGAGACAAAUACAUUACUGCCAAAGCUGACUUCCGAACACUAUUGAAAGAGACCAAAUUUAUAACGUACAGAUCCAAAAAGUUGAUCCAGGAGUCGGAUCAGCACCUGAAAGAUGUAGAGAAGAUAUUACAAAAUGACAAGAGAUACCUGGUACUUGACUGUGUACCAGAAGAGAGACGCAAACUCAUCGUGUCCUACGUAGAUGACCUGGACCGUCGAGGUCCGCCUCCACCACCCACAGCUUCAGAGCCUACAAGACGAACAACAAAAUAAUUAUGAAUACUCUCAUAACAGGGUAUCUGUUAAAAAAGCUUGCAUGAGCCAUCUGUCAGGUUUAUACAUAUACAUUACCGUGAAUAUAUUGCAAAACCAUCUUAGGAGCAGAGGAAGAAGCAGCAUUUGUGAACAUAAAAUGGUCUCUGUAUAAUUUAAAAAAAAAAAAAGGGGGGGAGAGAACAUUAGUUAUUUAUGAAUUUUUUGGGCAUGACUGACAAAAACCGAACAUGUGGGCUGUGUUUGCUAACUUCAGAUCUCAGAGCAAUAGUGUGUCUGUGUAUGAGGUAUGGAUGUCUGAUAUUUGGAGGCGUUCUUCUCAGCAGUGUUAUGUAUGCAAGUCUUAGAUGAUUGUGCUUGUGGUUUGAACUUGUAAUACACAUGUGCCACCAGCUUCCCAAUGGUUCCCCCAUGGUCACCUGUAUGAGGAGAUGAAAUGCUUUCUCAUAACUGAAAAUACCGAUUACUGAAGACUACUUUCUGGAGACACAAGUCCUGAUUCUGUGCUUGCUUUCACCCUUCUAAAUGGAACUAAUUCCAUUAAAGUCAGUUAAAGCUGAGAGGAGAAUUAGGACUACAGAGACCAAAUUAAAUUUGCUCACAGGUCUGCUUUGUUCCUUACCCUAUCCAUGGAUUAGAAACAAAAUCAGGUUGCUCUGCCCAAGUGAAGAUUUGUCUAACAAUUUUUACUGAAAGUUGGAAACACUUGGUAAAUAACAGUGGUUACCAGAACAGAACAGGACGGUUGUAUAAACACGUUUUUAUUUGCGAUAAAGUGAUCUUUACAUCUGGAUUAGACUGUGGAUUUCCCUUCUGGGCAAUUCUUGUAAACUAUACUCCUGUUUUGAAUGUUAAACUUGUGUUUCUAAAGUUUAAUUUUGAAAUGUUGGGAUUGUUCAGUUUAUGUAUUUGAACUACAAUAAACCAACCCUUUUUAUAUAUGGA